UGUUCAUGGUUCCUUGAUGUUAUCCAGAUGGUGUUAUUAGCGGCUCACCCGCUGUGUUAUUGGUAACGUUGGAUAUGCUGCUGUCACUAUGCUCUAUACAUAUCUGGUUAACGUUACUUUUCAAGAUGUGCUUUCCUAGCCGUUUUAAACGAAACAAUUAUAGGGUCCGUUGUUUAUGUACUAACCUAUUUAAUGUUUGAGACAGUACAAGUGAAACAGCAGUCAGGAAUAAUCUUUCCAUCUAUCCACUGGUUAGCCAUGCUGUUUCAGACCGAAACUUUUCAAAACUUCCGUUUCAUAGAGGGUAAACUUCCUCUAGCUUUGGCGCUUGAAACUGAUCACGUUGUAUGCAUGCAGACACGUCAGAAUCGUUGUGACGGCUGGCCGUUUCGGUUAAUAAUUCAAAUUAGUUUCUGUUAAUCUAGAUUAUUACUUUUAUAUUGACGUUACAUUCCUUAGUUGGAUAUGGCUUUCGAAAGUAGAAUUGUCUGUGCUGCUCGAGGCUGCCAGAACAAUGGCCAGGCACUGAGGUCCUGGUUAGAGAGAAAACAAGACAUGAUCCUUGGCAACAUAAAGAAGAGCGUGAAUGUGCAAAGAAAAUCCAUGGAAACGCCUGCAACACCCUCAACUGGCUCCGACUUGUCCGAGCUGCAGAAGUGCGAGCUGUGUGGCACCUGCUUCGAGACGCGGCGAGGCCUCUCCAGUCACGCACGAUGCCACCUGCGGCAGCUCGGCGUGUCCGUGUCGGAGAGCAGCGGUGCGCCCAUCGAGCUGCUCUACCGCCUGAUCGAAGAACGCGACGGCCAGCUGCCUAAACCCCCGCCUAAGGUCAACACUUCGAAGAAGCACAAGGGGCUGCAUGCUGUCAAGAGGGACGGCCAGGUCCAGGGUCCUGCACUCAAGAUCAAGAUCUCCAACCUGGUCAGGAAGAAGUACAGCAUUUUCUCGGCCACGGCCCGCAAGAGUUCAGCCGGUGCCUCCAGCCGCCUCUCUCUACCCUCGGUGUUCCCCGCCUCCCCCGCUGUGAAGAAGGCCGUUGUCUCCGCGUCCUCAUCCUCAUCCUUUUCCCUCUCUCCGCUGCACGUCGAGGACUCGGGGACGAGCGCUGAGAGGAGUCCUCCUGCCACUACGGCCCCCGCAGCCUCAGCCAAGCCCCUGUGGGCCCCUCAGGAAACAGAUGCCCCGCUCAACCUUAUGAACAUGGACCCCUCCGGGCGGGAUGACGUGCAUGUGUGCGAGCUGUGUGGCGCCUGGUUUGAGACACGGAAAGGCCUCUCCAGCCACGCCCGUGCCCAUCUCCGCACCUUCGGCAUCGAUAGCAUGGAAGCCAAAGGCGCCCCCAUCGACGCCCUCCACCAGUUCAUGAUCAGCAAGGGUCUCAAGCCUGGCAGUGCCAACAUGCAGUCGGGCGACGGAAGAGAGGCAGACCUGACACCAACUGCCUCUGUCAAACGGCCAGCUCAGCCAUCCCCAUCUCCCAAAGCCGUUUCUAAAGGCCUGUCCUUACCCACACCGCCUGUCAAACGCUUCAAAACCUCCUCCUCCUCCUCGGAAGGCCCGCCCUCACACGAGUCUCCACUAAAGGAUGACGAGUCUGCAAAAAGUGAUGGCGAGCUGGCGCGGGACAUCGUGUGUGAGUUCUGCGGCGAGCUGUUCAUGCGCAGCCAGAGCCUCUCCAGCCACGCCCGCUCCCACCUGCGCCAGCUGGGCAUCACCGAGUGGACGGUGCAGGGCUCGCCCAUGGCCACGCUGCGGGAGGUCAUGGCCCAGCGCGGCGUCACCAGCAUCCUCAAGCUCCCCUCCAACACCUCCUCGCAGACCGCGCCGGCACGCAGUCCGCUCAAGAUCCCUCCUCCUCCUCCGAGCCCGCUCCGGGUCCCCAGCCCCCUCAAGGCCUCGGGCCCCUCCCUGGGUCUGGGUCUCGCUCUGGAUCCAGGCCCGGCCACGCUGCUCCACAAGCUGCCCAAGGCCCGCAAGGGCUCCCGCUUCGUGAACAAACCCAAGGACGAGCCCAUGGAGGUGGACGUGAGUGAGGUGUUGGUCUUACCCGGGCCUUCCAGGAGCGGGAUUCCCCAGUCCCUCGUCAGGAGCGACUUCAGCUCUGCCAACACUCCAGUUAGAGCACCCAAGUCAGAGCAGGAUGUAAACCAAGCGUUCGAGUGCGACUACUGCAAUGAGACGUUUGACAGCCGCAAAGCCCUCUCCUGCCACGCCCGUGCCCACCUGCGGCACCUGGGGGUGCGCUGGCCUGCCCAGGCCUCCCCCAUCGAUGCCCUCCACAAGCUGAUGCAGCGCGAGGGCACCGCCCGCGCCUCCGAGGUCAAGCUGGAGCCCAGCGUCUGGAGAAGGCAGAGCUCCUCGCCCGGAGCCUCCACACCUGCCCCAGGGGCCCUCCCACCUGCCCCAGCAGCCCUCACACCAGCGCCAGGAGAACCCGCUGCCAAAGGGGGGAAGGCAUCCUCUGAAGCCUUUGACGCCACGUGUGAGCUGUGUGGAUUUGACUUUGAGAACCGCAAGGCCCUGGCCAGCCACGCUCGUGCCCACCUCCGGCAGCAGGGCGUGGAGUGGCGCACCAACGGCUCGCCCAUCGAGACGCUCAGCGCCUGGAUGCAGAAGGAGCCGGGCAAGGUGGCGGAACUGCACAAGCGCUACCUGAUGGGAGACCUGCCGCAUGUUAAGAGGAGGAGCACGACCUCGCCCUCCUUCUCCAGUGACUCCGAGAUGCUUCACGGCAGCAGCCACAGGUCCUCGUCUUCACUCAGGUCCUCUCUGGGGCUGUUACACGGCUCGCGGGCUUCUGGGCUGGGUUCCUCCGGAGGUAAAGGAGGCAAGAGCCACGGCAACCAGGGGUCCACACAGGGGUCAUCGGGGGCCCACAGCGACCUCAACGUACGACUGCCUAGAGGGAGUGACCGUCGCCCUCCAAAGCACCAGUCCCACACGGAGAGCCGAGCCCGUGAGGCCAACGAGCCCAAACCCUCCCGCUCUGGAAACAUCCCCUCGCUGGUGCCCAGGCCGCCGGAGACCCCACUGGUCAAACAGUUUGGAAAGGUCUACUCUCUCAAGUGCAGGUUCUGUGAGAAGGAGUUCCACGGGCCGCUGUCUGUGCAGGAGGACUGGGUGAGGCACCUCCAGGAGCACAUCCUCAACCUCAAGAAGGAGGGGGCCGCCACGUCCCCGCCCAGCCCCCUCCCUCAGCCCACGUCCCCCAUCCUCCUCACGCUGCAGCCUGUCUGACGUCCCCACACACACACGCGCACACACACACACAC